AAAAGAAAGUAAGGGUCACAGCAUUGGAUAGUGUCAGAGCGAAGGAGCUCAGUUCAAACUCAGAGUGGUGCGGGGGAUUAGGCAGAGAAAGUUGAUAAAUUGAUGCAUAUUUGGAGUUAUUGACUAUUUCUGUGGACGGCUGGACAGUGUAGUAAUUUGGAAACAGAAAAAAACAAACAAAAAACGUUUUAUAGGUGUUUGUGUAAUAGGUUUUCAGACCUCCAUGGCUUUAAUAGCGCCCGACCACAGCUACAAGCUAAACGGCACUUCGGGGAUUUAUGGGAAAGUUGUUGGGUCAACGAAAGAGGUGAUCCAAAAUCCGGUGCACAGCUUAAAAAGUACUAAAAUGCAGCUCACAGAGACAGAUUACUCGACUGAUGGACUGCCGAAAGCUUUUCUACACAGUUUGAGGACGUUGUUUGACAUCCUGGAUGACGGGGGUCGCGGUUUUGUCCACAUCUCCGAGAUUGAGAGCCGCUGGCAGGGCGCAGACACACGGGACCUGCCCGGCGGGGUGCUGAGCUGCCUCCGGAGAGUCACUCCCCCGCACGGCUGUCUCACGUUCGAGAGGUUCGUGGCGGGGUUGCGGUACUCCAUGCUCAACCCGGAGAACGGCUCGCACCUGAAGGCCCAGCAGUUCCCGAAGCAGGAGCCCAAAAAGAAACCCGCCCCGCUGUCCACGUGCGGCGUCGGAACGCGGGUGGAGAACAAGGUCCGGCCAUUAAGGCCGAGCAACAUCACCAACACCCACCAGAACCGGGCCAGGCCGGAGGAGGGACCCGGGUACCCAGAAUGUGGACCAGCGCGGUACGGCUCGGGCUUGGAGAGGUCCGGGCGCAGUGUGGAGCGCAUCCCGGUACCGCCGGAAGGUGGGGGGUACCGUCCCGACAUGGGUCCCCCGACCAAGCCGGGACAGCCACAGAGGAACGGAGUCAGGUCCAUCGAGUCUCUGGCCCUGGAGGCUUCGCAGAUCCUGGAACCAGGUGUCGUGAAAUCUGGUUUGCCCAGAUCUCAGAGUGAAUCUGCCACAGGGUUUACCGGAGGCUCCAGGCGACAUGGGCGGAGUCGGGAAGAGCAGAGGAGGCACACCAUCUCCAAUGGAGUUGACUAUGGAAUGCUGAAGCAAAUGAAAGAGCUGGAGCAAGAAAAGGACUCCCUGCUGGCCGGCUUGGAAGUGGUGGAACGGGCUCGAGACUGGUAUCAGUGCCAGAUCCACAAUGUCGCAGAGAGACAGCGACAAGUUGGACAAAGCUCCACGUGCACGGAUUUCUUUACUGAGGCCAGUCAGAGCCGCAUGAAUGUUCUCAUUCCUAAACUCCAGGAGGUCAACCGCUGUCUCAACGACCUGAUUACCUGCACUGGAAUGUCUUUUCCUUCCUCCGGCACUCAGACACCAGCACUUUCAGCCAACGCUCAGCCCCAACCUCCCGCUCCACCACAAGCCAUCCAGAGACUGAAGGACCAGAACAGACUUCUCACUCAGGAGGUGACAGAAAAAAGUGAGCGGAUUGCCCAGCUGGAGCAGGAGAAGUCCGCCUUAAUAAAGCAGCUUUUCGAGGCACGAGCUCGCAGCGCACAAGACACGAGCACCAUGGAUUCCACCUUCAUCUGAACGGGGCUGUCCUCCACCCAAAACCUCGGUUAGCCUCGAAUAUCAACUAGGAAUGGUCACAACGUCUUGUCAGCGUGUCUGUGGAAAGCUGAGGAUGACGCUUGUUUGCCUGACUGACCAGUCGCUGUAUCCACGCACCUUUAGCCAUAUUAGGCCCUCAACUGCAACAUCUGAACCACUCCUCCACAAAACCAACCAUGCACUAAGUUCUGAUCACUCCUGAAUUGACCUGAACGGACGGAGAUGAAGCACUUUUAGUUCAGGUCUUCGGGUUUUCUGCAGAAACACUCCAGUGUCUCCAAAGACGGGGACACCUGAGAAACCAGAGAGACCCCACAACUCCUGUCACUCCAAUUUAUUGACGGGUUACGCUUUCCAGAUCUCUUUAAACUCCCAAAGUCGGACUUGUUUUGUACUCGCGCUCCUCAACUACACAGUUGUUUGCAGCUUAAAAAAACGGAACAUAAAGCUUCGGAUGGAAUAAAAAUGCCAUAAUCGGAUCAAAACAAAUCAGCUGCUCCUGCUUGCUGUGAUCUUAACUUUUUUUAAACUUUCAUUUAAAGUUUGCUAAUUAGAUUAAAUCAAUUCAAGAAUGUCCUAAAUUUUAGGUUUUCCUUUCUAUCAAUGUAAAUUAAUAAGGAUCUUUCUUUCUAGUUUUGGAGUGUUUUUAUCUACGUGUUUUAAACACUGAGGAGAGGAAUAACUAGAAGGGAAUCAUGUAUCUCCUAUAGGCAUGUAAAGAAAUAUCCAUAGUUCUUCUUGAAUGUUGUUUCACACCUGAACACUCAAACUGCAUGGAAUCAUGGGAAACGGACUUGGUUAAAGCUCCUUUUCCAAGAGAGAAAAACCUUUCACUGCUGCUGCAUGCGAACGUGGAUUAUGAACGGAGAAACGGUCUACAAAGCGGAUGAGAUGCAGAGGCAGAACGGAGAAAUCUGAAGGUUUGCACAUGGGGGAAAAAAAAGCUGUGGAAGGUACGAGAUGGUGAAUACGUCAGGGGACGAUUCAGAAAUGUCAGAAACAGUUUAAAAAAAAUCCCCUUUAAGGAGUUAAUGAUUUUUAAAAACCAGCAUGUAUUUCUUGUAUUUUAUCGGCUUUGAUCUGACAUUUUUAGUGAAACCCUGCAGAUUAAAUGUAGUUACAGGUAUGAAAGCCUUAUACAAGCCCCACUUUUAGCGGCAUCAGCCUGCAAACAGAUGGUUUUAGGAGUUUGAAAGCCAUCCACAUGUUUAGGAAAACUAGCUAUAAGGUAGGGUAGAAAUAAAACAAUCUUUUCUCACGUGUUUGUUUGGUACUGCUGGGAAAUCUGCACAUGUAUGUUACCCAAGUUUUGUAACUUUCUUUUUGCUGCUCAGACUUCAUUCUGAGUCCACAAACGUCAGGUGAAAUGUCAAAAUAAAACCUCCAAACAAUGUUGACUUC